CCCGUGGCCCUCGUGCAGCUCGCCCCCUCGCCGCCGCCAUGAUAGUGUUUGUCAGGUUCAACUCCAGCCAUGGCUUCCCAGUGGAGCUCAGGUCGGACGCCAGCAUCCUCCAGCUGAAGGAGGUGGUUGCGCAGCGACUGGCGGUUCCAGCUGACCAGCUGCGGGUGAUUUUUGCAGGGAAAGAACUCAGCAACAACUUGACACUGCAGAAUUGUGACCUGACCCAGCAGAGUAUCGUUCAUAUUGUUCAGAGUCCACAGAAGAGCAGUCAGAAGAACGAUGAGGCAGAAAAUAAGCAUUCUGGAGGCAUUCUAAAAACCUUGGAAAGAGAAUCUGAAAGUCUAACUCGCAUAGAUCUCAGUUCCAGCAUCCUCCCUUCACUGUCUGCAGGGUUGGCUGUUAUUCUGGAUACUACAAAACCCAGCAUUUCUCUUCCUUCUGAAAAAUCAGGUGCAGCUAGUUACAACAGUUUUUAUGUUUUCUGCAAAAAUUUCUGCCAAGCUGUUAAACCUGGGAAACUGAGGGUCCGCUGCAGUGUGUGUAAACAAGGAACACUGACUUUGGCAAGGGGCCCAUCUUGCUGGGAUGAUGUGCUGAUUCCAAACAGAAUAACAGGUGUUUGCCAGUCCCAAAGGUGCAACGGAACUAUUGCGGAGUUUUACUUUAAAUGUGGAGCACACCCAACAACUGACAGUGAAACAUCUGUGGCUUUGAACCUCGUUACAACAAACAGUCGCUCUAUCACAUGUAUAACAUGCACAGAUAUUAGGAGUCCUGUGCUUGUGUUCCAGUGCAUGCAUCGCCAUGUCAUUUGCCUAGACUGUUUCCAUUUGUACUGUGUGACUAUGCUGAAUGACCGUCAGUUCAUCCAUGACCUGGAGCUUGGUUACUCCCUCCCUUGUGUAGCUGGCUGUCCAGAUUCCUUGAUUAAAGAGCUUCAUCACUUCAGGAUUCUGGGAGAAGAGCAGUACAACCGCUACCAGCGCUAUGGUGCGGAGGAAUGCGUUCUGCAGAUGGGCGGUGUACUGUGUCCAACUCCCGGCUGUGGAGCGGGUUUGCUGCCUGAACCAAGAGUGAGGAAAAUUGUAUGUGAAACAGGCAAUGGACUAGGCUGCGGGUUUGUGUUCUGCCGUGAAUGUAAAGAAGAAUACCAUGAAGGGGAAUGCAGCUCUCUCCUCAGCACGCAGGGAGCUGUGGCCCAGAAGGGAUAUGUAGUUGAUGAACAUGCAGCCAUGCAAGCCCGAUGGGAAGAGGCAUCUAGAGAAACGAUCAAGAAAACAACCAAGCCUUGCCCCAACUGCCAUAUUCCAGUAGAAAAAAAUGGUGGCUGCAUGCACAUGAAGUGUCCUCGACCUCAGUGCAAGUUUGAGUGGUGCUGGAACUGUGGCCUGGAGUGGAACAGAACCUGCAUGGGCGAUCACUGGUUUGACUGACAGCACAGGGGCACUGGGACUAGCUGGCAUUGCUGUUGGAGCUUCCUUUCAUCAGGGUCAAUUUCUGAACUCCUUGCUUAAACAAACCUCCCAGCGGUUUCAGGAACAAAGAGUUCAGAAAUUGGCCCAGUUUGUAGGUUUUUCUUGCUUGCCUAUGAAAUCAUACAAAAAAUCACAUUGAAGUAAUGCCAAGGGUUUUAAAUCCACUAAGUAAAAAGAGUAAUUGUUUUGGUGGACAGACUUGCUCAUCGUCGUACGAAAAGGGGUAAAUUUCACCUUUCUGAACACGUGUGGUCUGUUAGCACAGUGAGCAGAUAGGGUUACUAUGAGGAACUUGCUUGACACUUAUAGUUAGGAACCCACAACUCCUACAAGAGAGCAUCGUCUGUGUGUGUGUGUAUCAAGGGCUGUGGAGGAUGUUUCCUGCAUCAGCUACUUUUUCUUCAACAGCUCCUUUGCCCAAUCAGCCCAGUUUUUGAUUUUGAGAUAGUAUUUCUUAACAGAUUAUCUGGCGGAUGGAUGGAAGUCUGUGGCUCUUCAGUGUUUUUUCAGGGUUCCUUCCUAACAGGCUUUCUGUAGGGGUCUUGCUUUCAAACCAUAUUCUCACAAGAACUACCAGCUUUAUGCCACAUUUGUGCUUGAAUAUUUGUAACACGCGGCAUGAAAUUUGGCUCUGUACUCAUUACAGACUAUGUUAACACUGGAGAAUUAUUUCAGGGUGGAUGCAAUUUCAGCUCUAACCAUGACUGUUGUUGCAGUGAUGACUGGAUCUGAUUAAGUGUUGCACAAGCCAGACUCUCAGGGUUUAAUUUUUGUUGUGCUUACAGCAGUACUUUGGACGUAGCAAGGGGAAGCAGGAGGAGCCUUCUCAGGGGUUUUCUCUAUCAUCAUUCUCCUAAAUUAAAUUAGAAUAUGGGUGUAUUUCUGAAAAUAUAUUCACAGCUCAAACAGUGAGAGGUAGAGGGACUUCUUUUAUUUUACAGUGUUAAGACAGUAUGUAAAGCUUAAUAGCAUUUCCAAGCCUGAACAAUCUUAUUGUUUUGUGUCCUUUAUAUUGCUGUCUUAAUCUGAAAUGAAAUGGGUACUGAUCAUAUCAACAUGCCAUGUAAGGAUUUAUACAAUUCAAUUUGGGAAAAAAACGCACAGUAAAUAAAAUGGUCAGAAUUUUGAUCUUUCUUUUAUUUCUUUUAUUUUUUUCUUUCAAUACAAUAUAAAUAAAUGAGUAC